AGCGCACAGUUCGGAUUGUGUUUGGUAUCCGGGCAAAGGACUUUUUUUGUCGUCUUUUUGCAAGGCUGCGGGAGUUUCCUCCGUGUUUACAGCCCGCAACUGCUGUCAAAAUAGUUUCGCCCGAAAUGAGUGCGGUGCGUGUUUGUGUGCGCGUUGAAUUAAUGCUACUCAGUGCCCCCAAAUGCUGAACUCAUUAGCUAGCCAUCGACUUUUCCAAACCGGCGAGACCAGAGGAGUUACCAUUACUUGUAGAAACACAAUGAUUCAAAUACUCACACAUCGUCCCAACUUCAGUCCUCUGGUGGUCUUCAUGUUACUUCUAGUCGACCACCGUCUCAUUGUGGACUCGAGUGUGCCUGUGCUGCAAAAUCCAUCGGAAGAGUACACAAAGUAUGUGCCGAUUGAGGAACUCAAAUUGCCAGAGGAUCAGGAACUGGUUGUCCGACUACCGUCGAACUCGCUGCUAAAGUACACAUCCUACAAGGAUGUGUCCAUCCUGCAUUUUGAUGUUCCACCCGAUUCGCGAACUGCCUACUUUACUUUCAAGGCGUUCGAGGAUCCCAAAAGUGCCUUUCAACGCAAGUGUAAGCCCAAGGAUGUCACGCUGCAUCUGAAGGCGAGCAGUUAUCCCGUGAUAAGUCCAGAGAACAUAACCUUUCCCAAGAACUUCUUUACCAAGGAUCAGAGAUUUAAGGUAUAUGACCUACAGUUUCUAUCCGAUGAGCAGCAGCAGCGUAUUACCAUUGAAGGACCUUAUAUAGGCAACUGGUUUGCGGUGGCGUUUGUGAGUUGGUCAGAUCCCAAUAACGACCGCAUUGAACAACAAGGACUCGCUGCUUCGUGUGACACUCUGCUGUCCGCCGAGAUGUCCGUUUCCCGAUUCCGUCCGAUAAUCAUAAAUAAUGGUCAGGAGCACGAGGACAACCUAACAAGUCAUGUUUUGCCCGAACUGAAUGGAGCCAAUAUAACCAAGGAUGCACUUAACACCUCCAGGCCGCUGCGCUCUAUUCCGCCCAAGCAGCAGAAACUGAAAGUUGCAUCCAAAUCCCUUGCGGAGGGCAAAUCCAGCCGAGCUGCUCAGUUUGCAAAUACUACGGAAAACCACAACAGCACACCGACCGCAAACAAUGAAAUCAUUUACAGAUUCUAUGUGCCAGACGAUAUAGGCGAUGCUACGGCGCGGAUAAUGUUCGACCAAGUGUGCGACGAGUGUCCGCCAGUGGGUUUCCAUGUACGAGCCAAUGGAUAUCCGCUGGGCGGUACGGAUCACAAUCAUGGUCACGGCACCAUCAUCCGGCCAAACCAGACGACAGAAAUCUCUAUUCAGUUUGGCGUGCAGCCCAAUUCGUGGCACUAUGCCCUAUUGACCUUCGUCAACGAGGCGGAUGAAUCGGAAAUGCAUUCUCAGGCCAACAAUAGUCAUACAAAUCAUAGCUUAUCGUAUGUACUGCAAAUUGAUUAUAUUACCGAGGACUCAGAUAACGCGAUGCAGAAGUCCAAGACCGUGCAAAACAGCACAAAUAGUUCCAGUGCAAAUCCCUGGGAACCCACUAAGUUCCGUCGAAUGAACUUUUACUCGCUGUUGCGCCAAACUUACCGCGAAUUCUUCAUGUUUGACUACGAUCUACGGCCGGAUGUAAACGGAACGGUGCCCGAAACCCUCAAUCUUACGGCCAAAACCCAUUCGGGAUUCGCCUUUGAUCUGGGCCAGGUGUCCGAUAUCGGAGGCACCCUUACCUUCGCUCUUUCCAUGAAAGAGGCGCACCGCGCAAGCCUGAAGAUGAGUCUGCCCACACAGCCGCCAGAUUUGGGCGGCAUCCUGGCCGAGCGACUGAUCGGGGAUCCCAAGGAGGAGGUGGUGCCCGCCGUCUCGGCGACCAGCAAUCAGAGCAUGCAGAUUGUGGUCUGCAUGCAGUUGGGUGAACCAGGAGAGCCGGAGUAUCCGGACAAGUGCCGCUACGGGCAGCGGCUAAUGCAGGCCUCCAUUAUUGUUAACAACACGGAGAGCAUGGGUCUAGUCCACGUGCCAUUCCCCGAGAGUGGUCGAUGGUAUGUGACCAUGGGGCUGUUCUGCCACGGAUCUGGAACCGCACGAGUGUCCAUCAUGGAGAGCGUUAAGGAGUUCAUCAGGAAGCACCAGGACAUGUUGGCUGAUAUGCGUUCCCCGUGUGACUGUGCUGAAUCCGUUGCUCGCUACACCAGCUGCUUGCAGUCUCCCGAUUGCCUGGAGGCGAUGAACGAAACCGAAACUCUCAAGGUGAAGGAGUGCAUCAUGGACGACAAGUGCAGUACCAAUUUCAAGCAGAUGACACGACUCUUCGUGGAACACCACAAGGCGGCAAUGGAGCAGCAUGUAGCGGUGGAGAACUGCAACACUUCGGUGGUCUUCUCGGUGUCCUCCAGUCCGUGUGUGGCCGGAAGAUGUGGACGAUUUGGAAGGUGCUAUCAUUACAUGUCCGGCGGAUUCGUCUUCUCCACGUGCGUCUGCUCGAAGGGAUAUCGUGGUUGGGAUUGCACGGAGGAUUCGCAGGUGCCCACCAACAUGUCCAUCCUGUUGGCCACCCUGCUGCUUACGCUAAGCAACCUGCUAUUCUUCCCGAGCAUCUACAUGGCGGUCAAAAGGCGCUACUACACCGAGGGCGUAAUCUACUUCUUUGCCAUGUUCUUCUCGAUCUUCUAUCACGCCUGCGACGCUGGCGAGGAUGAGUACAGCUUCUGCCUGGUGAAGAUCGGUGUGCUACAGUUCUGCGACUUCUACUGCGGCUUGCUGAGCAUCUGGGUGACCCUGGUGGCCAUGGCCCAUGUCCGAACGGAACUCGUCUCACUACUGCACAUGUUUGGAGCCAUUCUGCUGGCCUUUGGUACGGAGCUGAAUAAACAGAGCUUAUGGGUGUUCUUGGCUCCAGCUCUGACGGGGAUCUGUCUGAUCUCGACCAGCUGGGGCCUCCGAUGUGCCAAGUCUCGUAAGCUGUUCCCUUCAAGGAGAUACCUAUCGGUGUGGCUGCCCUUUGGACUGACCCUCGUGGUCGCCGGUCUGGUGUGCUAUGCCUUUCUGCAGACUAAGCAAAACUACCACAUCGUCCACUCCAUCUGGCACAUGGUUAUGGCGUUGAGCAUCCUAUGCCUGCUGCCCUCCAGAAAGUCCUUCCUGCCGAAGUGCUAGCACGCGGAGUACUGUUCCCAUGCCAGGGAGCUCCUGCUGGCUCAGGAUCAGGAGUUUCACAUGUGAGCCUGGUGACUUCGUGGCUGGAAAUAGGUUACUCCAAAGCUUUUCCUCACUCUCCCGGCGAACAAGACCGUUACAGGACCCCAUCUAGUAGUACAGUAGAAUAGUCCCUACUUUAGUUUGUACAUAGCAAUACUCAUAGAUGUAGUUGGUAAACUAAAGAGAUCCUGGAAUUGAUCAAUGAAGCACUGAAUGUUCACUAAAGCAUGCACGGAUAAAUAGGCGGAUAUAGUUAUUUAAUCGUUAUGAUAUUUGUUUUCCUAUCCUUUGCCAUACAAAUCUAUGCACUAAGGCCUACAAACAUUAACUCUACAGAAAAUAUUUCAACAGCCUUACUAAAUUUAAUGAAAAGCACGCAUGGAAAUGUGUAUGUAUAAGUGUACAUAAAUACCUGUUGUGAGGUACAUCGCUGACUGUAAGAUUAGCUAAUAAAUAGAAUCUUAUCUAAAUAUUGUCUGCACUUAUUUAAAUUAAUCAAUUUAUUGAUGAAAAUUGUGACGGUUGUUGAGCAAAACCCGAAACUUAAAUUUGUGUUUCGUUGUG